UUGUCUUUCGUCGAGACUGGUACACUACUCUUAUCAGUAGAUUACAAAUCUUGUACAAACAGCGUUCUAUUUUAUAAUAUACCAUGCCAAUCGUUUCCAAAUAACAUGAGCAUAAUUUUAUGGAUUUUUUAUUGUUUCUACUUUUGUUACACUGAUGCUACAAGCAACAGUAAAUUCGAUCAACGAAAGUGUUAUCAAAAUGUAAACUCUAGCUUCAACGAAUUAAUUCAGCUAAUCGAUCUCUUUAAUUCGACAUCUUUCUCGGUUAACGUUUCUAAAAUUUAUGAUCUUAAUAACUUCGAAAAAGAUAUCAAUGAAUUACAGAAAAUAGAAAAAGACACGAGAAAAAUUGAAGUAAAACAAGAUAGUGUCUUUAAAAAAUUAGAUGACACUGAACUAAACAUAAUAAAAGAUCAGAACUUGGUAGAUGAAAUUUUACAAAAAUUAUCCAAUUUUUCAAAUUAUAAUAAUUCCAUUAAUGAAAUUUUGAAAGAAGCCAACAUAUAUAAAAACAAUAUUGAAGAUUCGGUUCGAAUCGGGAAAAAUGUAUCUAAACUGUGUCAACAAGGCCGAAACAAAUAUGAAGAAUUGAAGAGUAUUUUAAAUGGACUUGUGAGAAAUUACAAUGAUGUUGCCAAAAUGUACGAUAAUGAAGUAAAUAGAACCCAGAUUGUAAAUGAAAGAGUAGACGAUGUAAUCAAAGAAAUCGAAAAAGUGAAAAAAGAUUUUGAUGCGAUUAAACUUCCGAUAAAUCUGGUUGAAAAUUACAUAAAUGACUCUGAAGAAAAACUGCAACAUAUUAUUGCAUAUUUGAAAAAUAAUACGAACACCCUGAAAGAGCUUUUAAGAGAUUCAAGUGAGAAGUUCAAUCAAAAGUUGAUUAAUAAUGCAGAUGCAGUAGCAAAAAGUAUUUCAGAAAUACAAAAUAAUGUCAAUCAAAUGAACAUAGAAUUGAAUAAAUAUGAAAAAACUUUUAUAAAAUCAGACAAUUUUCAACCCACAGUUGAUAAAGAAUCGGAGAAAUUACUUCGCGAUAUAAGUGCUGAGCUCGCGGACUUGGAAAAGACAUUCGACGGUAUUGAUUUUACUGAAGAGGAGAAAAAAAUUAUAUUAAAGGAUGACAUAAAAAAAUAUUUAGCGGAUAUUAGAGAAAAAAAGUUGCUCCUAAAAGAAUACAUGGCGGUGCUAGAUGUUGUGCCAAGUGAAGAAGAGAUAAAAAAAAUUAAAAAAGAAAUCAAAUAUUUCCAGGACGCUAUUGAAUCCCAUGAAAAACUACAUAAGCUUGAGUCUGAGUUAGACGGUCUUGCAGAUGUUUCAGAGCAAAUCAAAAACACUUCUUGUAAUAUAACUUCGGGGCUCCCCACAUAAUUAUAUGUAUAAUAAAGUUUAAUUGAGUUUCA